AUGUCCCGCCCUGUCAUCUCUUAUCCCAUUCCUUCGCCGAAUCCGCCGCCCGGUGCGCCAGUCGACGCUUUCGAUGACCCGCAGAGCCAGCAGUCGGGUCUAGGGGUAAAUAAUGGCUCCAGUAGGGAAGGUAGCGGCCAUGCGCGCAGCGUUAGCGGCCAGACCAGGGGUCCUGCUUCGACUUUGGACUCCUUUAUCACGAGGCUCUUGGUCGUGACCAAGCAAUUGUUACAAGGACUAGAGCAAUGGUCUCAACGGCAGCUCACGGAAGAGGAUGUACGUACUGCACAAUACCGUAAUUAUGCUAACAGCUUCAGUGAUCUGGACUCUGUGCCCAACGACCUUCGAGUGAUUCUCGAGCGCGCCCUGGGAGAGGAGCCUUCUACGGAAACGCUCAACAUGUAUUUGCCUGACAUUCGAGCCAUCAUCUUCAAUCUCCUAAGCGGGCUGAAGAACAAACAGAUUGCGUACAAGCGGCUCAUCGCUGACCGAAAUCAACCCGAUGUUUUCACUGCGUCGUCGUCUCGGCCUGCAUCCAAGCCCGUGGAGGCGGACCCCUCACGCUCCGCCCCGUCAUCCAACAAGUCUGACCGCACGGCUAGCCCUGUGCCCGUUCCCGCGGUCCCGCUUCCGGCUGCUGCUUUGGCCGAGAGGAACCAGCAGCGUCCGAACAGGCCCGCUCCUCCUGACGCCUUCCGCCCUCCUCGAUCUCGGUCCGCUCAGGACAGUCACUCCUCGCACGAACCAUCAACGCGCCGGACGUCGAUGUCGUCGGAGGCGUCCAAGCACAGGUCGUCGCAGAUGAAGCCAGCUGGUGCGCGACCGCUCAUUAGGACACCUCCAACUGCCGAUCGGUACAGUCGAGAUGCAGGUGUCUCGCGCUUCUCGGACGAUUCGGAUACAGCCGAGUCUCGGCGUGCCUCUGACGCGUCGUCCUUGCACAACUCGAUGAGCUUGCGGUCGCCGCCUGCGAUUCCCCCGCCAACUCUGCCAACGAUACCGACUUCGCCUCCUCUCCCUACGCUGAACCUACCCCCUGAUCACAUCGCUGCGGAUCCAUCCAACGAUGCUGCUGUCGCCCUACAGCGGUCCGAUGCCCUGGAGCGCCGAGCCUCCAAGCGCUUCUCGUCAUACACUUUCAACAAAAUGGUCCCAACCUCAUCUCCCAGUGCCAAGCGCGCAAGCACGAGUGGCAGCCCACCGCGUCCCGCUCGUCGUUCUGAUCGACUGCCAGCUGUGAUUGAGGACCGUCGCCCCCCUCUCCCGGAUUUGGCGAAAUCACUGGAGAUGGUUCGGAAAGCUUCCUCCUCCCCCAAACCAGCCAUCCCUACGCUUGAGACGAUCCCGGCGUCUCCGAGCAUUGGCAUCAGUUUGGAGUCUCAGCAAAAGCUGUCGUCAGGGUCUGGGUCUGAGUCGGCUGCCACGAAGUUCAAGUCUACCCAGGACAGUCUCGGGGGCACUUUGCUGUCAUCAUCGUCCCCUACCUCAAUAACCGCAUAUCUUCAACUCGGCCGGCAAGUGAAGAAGACUGCGAUUGAUCUGCCAACGGACAUGUCGACUCUGAAGCUCUUAUUCAUGGAGCGCUUCGAGUACGACCCCGGAAUGGAGGAUUUCCCGAAUGUCUACAUACGAGACAACAAGACUGGUGUGCAGUACGAGCUGGAGGAUUUGAAAGACUUGCAGGAGGGUAGCGUUCUGACAUUGGACAUCGAGCCGCUUGACCAAGUAAAGCAGCAUUUCGAUCUCACUUUCGCCUCCCUUUCCGCCGAGAUCAAGGAGCUGAAGUCGGCUCUCACCCAGCCUAAACGUCUUUCCACGGCUCAACCAUUGACCAACUCCCUCCUCUCUGUCUCUCCGUCUCAACCACGGCUUCCCCUCGGAACACCUGACCAGACGAUGGUCAUCAACUCCUCCCCUCGCUCGCCGGAGGUAGAAAUUUCAACCCCCACUGCGCCUGAUGCCAAUCUGCGAGCUCACUACGAUGAGGUGCAGAGUCUCCGACGGGACCUUGCCAUCAUGCGACAGCUGCAUCUCGACUUCAUCAACCAGACCAAGGAGUCAUUUUCAACUCUGCGUGAGCAGAACACGGCGAUGCGCGAGGUCGUCAAGACGAAGAUGGGUGGCAGCCGCGCACUCCUCGACAACAGCAAAUCGAAGCUGGAGGCCCAGUGUCAGGACACUAUCCAAUCUGUGGAAGAAGUCUCUGACAUCAUUGAUGGUGCUCGAGAGGAUGCUCUUCGUCGUGGCAUCACGCCGAGCAAGUCGAAGAUGGGCAAGAUUCGUGAGGACCUUACUAAGGCCACGGCUCUUGUGGAAACCUUCACCACCGACGUCGCGGCCGCCGAACCUACGUGGCGUGCCACUUGGCUCACCGAGCUCCAGAGAGUCACCGAGGAGCAGCGUCUACUCGCUUAUCAGAACAAGCUCGCGGCGGACCUCAAGAACGACAUCAAGGACGCGACCGAGAUGCUUGACAAUGUCCAAGCUUUCGUUGACCAACGCAAAGCUGGUGGCCGUGCCAACCAGAACCGUUUCAUGCCGUCCUCUCCCGACGAGGGCGGCGGUGGUAUCACCAACCUCCUCAUGGAGAUCAGGACGAAGGAGGCCGACCCGUCUCAGCGUCUUCGUGCCAUUGAGGAGCAGCAGAGAGCCCGUGAGCGUGAGCUCGCGACGCGGACCGACGAGUUCCAGAACGAGCUUUCAGGUUUCGUCGCAGGGAAAAAGCUGAAGAAGACCGGCGGCACGGACGAAGCCGAACGCGUUCGCCAGCGCCGACAAGAACAGACCCUUCGUCGCAUGCUCUCCGGCGAUAUCCCAGGAGAAACCGCUGGUGUGUUAGCCACGCCACAGAGAAGGGCCGCAAGCGAUGGUGGGACUAGGAACCCUGCGCCGAGCGGCGGUCCACCUCAACAAUAG